UGGUAAGUGGUUACCGUCGCCCAUGGACUUCAGCAAUGCCAGGAGCAGAGCCAAGCCGCGCGCUGCCUACUGCUAAAAACGCUAGCUUCCAUUUUACGUUUCAUUGCAUUCGAACCCAAUCGAUGAUUCCGAUAAAUCAUUUUAUACUAUUAUAUAUUAUUAUAUAAACAUACAACAUAUUAUUAUAUUAUUUUCCAAAUUAUAAAAUACACACAUACAAUUAUACAAGAUUGUAUGUUAUGGUAUGAUACUUUCGCCUUUCCUGUUGAAAAAAUAAACCAUUAUUAUUUUGACUUUUGACAUUAUCUUAUCUAUGACAUUGACGUUAACUUCACUUUCACAAAUUUAUUUUGACGUAGGUAUUCAAAUUUUGCAAUUUACUAAUUGGAGCGAAAACACAAUUCAUUACAAAAUUAAAAUUAAUUCUACUUCAUAAUUAAAAAUAUAUUUCCGUAAUGCCGUCAAUGAAAGUGGAAGGCGAUAGUGAUGGAGAUGGAGAAAUGUCUGGGGGUGAUACCGAAAGAUCUGGGGGCUCUUCCCGUGGCCCAGACCGGGACUCUAGCGCUGAGGAAGCUGACGAGCCUGACUCCGACGAUUCUUCGGAAAUGGACGAAGGCGAGUGUGAGAGACGCAGAAACGAAUGUCUCGAUAACUUAGCAAAACUUGAGAGACAGUUCACUGUGCUUCGAGAACAAUUGUACGUAGAGAGAGUGAAGCAAGUUGAAUAUCAACUGGCCGAAGUGAGGGGUGGUCGCUCCCAGGAAUAUCUCGGUCCACUUCGAAGACUGCAGGAGAAUAUGAGAAUCAGAAUCGAAGUAGCCGGCAUACUCAAGCAAAUGAGGAUCGAGAACAUAAAACACAAGUUUGAGGCUGAAGAACAAGCAGCACACCAACAUUUCAAGAGUGAAAAGUGGCUGGCGUACGAGAAUCUAAAAGAAGAUAUACUGGAGAAGAUUAGGAAGUUGGAAGAAGAACGGCAUACCGUAGACCUCUGGUCUAGCGCCCCAGAGUGGGGAAAGAGAAGACGCAAAAGACAAGUCACCGUAUCUCCCCCCUACGUCGUGUACAUGCUACCCGACGCCGACAUAAUGGAAGAUUGGAGAUUGGUCAGGAAACUUCUAGAAAGGGCUGAGUAAUGUUAUCGAAAUUCUUCGUCAUCUAAAUUUAAAAUUUCAUUGAUCGGCAAACCUGUCUUGAUGUCAAAUCAUGUGUAUAUAGAAAUUUCCAAAAUUUAUUUUCAGUUUUCGUCCAAAACCACCCGUACUUCAUUAAAAGACAUAUUUUCUAUGAUUAAUUCGUUUUUGUUCUGUUGAUUUUUCAAUCCAACGUUAAGUACCGUAAUAAAAAGAGGUUUGAAAUAACUUUCUUUUAAAAAUGUGUUUGAUUCAUAAAAGCUUAAUGACAUACAGUCGAUUCGACAAUAAUCGAAGAAUAAUGAAUAAUUUUGUUUUUUAAAUAACCUUAAGUUAGUGAAGAUCCUUCUUGCAUUUUUUAUAAUAUUAUUGCACAUUCUGACAUUGGUUCCCCUUUCCCUCUAAUAAUGGGAGGGCACAUUCUUUAAGGAUUUUCCCGCUACAAAAAAGUUUUUUUAAUUUCUAGCACCUUUAUUGGUGUGGGAGAGACCCGAAAACGGUCAUUCUUAACACGACGCGAUUCUUGAAAAGGUUGACUCUGCAACCCUAACUACUGGUGGCUUGUGUCCUGAAUACGGCCGCCGGUUACGACCUGUCUCCGUAAUGUUCUCUGGAAUUAUAUUUUAAUCGUAGUAUAAGAUAUUAAUGAAUGGAACUGUAAAUAAAUAAUAGAAUGAAACUUCUGUGUUUAUAGUGUUAUAAUUUGUUGUGACACUUUGACAGUAAUUUUUUUUGAUUUGAUUUGUACCUCGUUUUUUGUUUUAAACUGAAUUAAUCGGAUCCGUAAGAAAAUUAAAGUCUGACAUCUGCUACUCGCCAAUAAAGAAUAUGUUCAGAAGGGUUAACCGUCCACAUCAAAGGCAGUAUCGUUUUUAUAAAUCUUAUUCUCAUCACAAGCAGCCUUCUUGUCAUGUUUUUCUUGUUAAUUAGUGUCGGAUUCAGACUAUCCUAUUAUACCGGCACAUCCUAUUCACUCCGGGCAAAGUAAUAUUCGACCGUUAUCCUUUACGACAUAAGGUUCAUAAUCUAAUUAAAUUGUGAAAUGAAAGGAAGAUGAAAAGGUUGUGUGUAAAAUAUUGCACACAAUUUUAAUAUUGAAGUUUUGCAAAUUUUUGAGAAUUUUAAAAUAUUUACAAUCAAGAGAUAGGCGAAUGUUAGUGUAUGUAUGAUUCAGAUAAUUUUUUUUUAGAAUAAAUUCUUUUAAUACAAUUUUGUUUUCUUUUUUCCAUUGGGCUCAAUAUGCUAUGUUUAAGGCAACUAACUGAAAAGGUACAAAGUAGUAAUACUGAUCUAACAUGAUACCAGUGUGAGGCAAACGUAAGGGCGCUGUUCUAACUCCUUACAAAUUUGAGUUAACUUUUACGCGAAUGAGAAGCUAAAAACUGGCACUAAGCACACCGUAUAAGUUGUUCUGCUCAACUUGCAACCUAACCCAUGCAUCAGCUCGCCGAGUUUCUGGCCGGAUCUUCUCAGCAGGUCGCGAUUCCGAUCCGGUAGUAGAUUCUUUCGCGAAGCAGCUGCUCUUGAGUUGUUAGGUCUCCUUUGGAGGCGUUCGAGCAGCUGCUAGCAAAUCCCACCCCUUCUAGCUGAGCCUUUGCUCGCCCACCUGUCCUGGUGAAACUGGAAAGGCCUCAAGGCCACCAGUAAUACUUCAAUCAUAAAAAAGGCCUUUAUGCCAACCGAGCCUACUACUGGAGAAUGGGCAGUAGUACUCAUCUUGGAAUACACCUCUUCUACCCUUGUAGCCGAAACGAUACUAACAAACUAGGCGAUAUAAAUAUUCAGGAUAGUGGUACUUGAUCCUAUACAGAAUACCCUACUUAGUAAUGUUACGCGCUGGAGUUCGGGAUAAAUAAAACUUCCACUGAAGUACAAAUUAAAGCUCUAUUAGCACAUAGAAAGAACACUUACAGAACACUUUAUAAUUCGUAAUUCACUUCUUCCGCUUCGCUUCAGGUGAUCCGUUCGCUGUUUCGCUUUGAAUAAAUCCUAUUACUAAUCGCCGUCGUGUUAUCUCUGCAACGCUUUUAUAGUCGAUACGACAUCUCUACAAUUAUCGAGAACAUUCCUGAAAGGUCGAGUAGUUUCGAUGUGUGUUACCGCUGUUUGAUAAUAGAUGGCGUUGUACUUCUCGAGCGUUCUCGAUUUUACUAGUUCUUUUGAUAUUCGUUUCUGCUAUUCGACGAUAGAUUGCGUUACUCUUCCAGGGUAACAGUAACAUAUAAUAUGUUUAAAAUUAUAAUGAUUUUUUUAUUAUUAUUUUUUGCAUAAAUCUGAAGGUAUGUUAUUGAUAAGUCGAGGGAUAACAUAACAACUAGUUCGCUACCUAUACCAUUAGCGUCAUGCUUUAAAAGCUAAUAAAGAUUUAUUUUUGACAAUCUAAUUCAAGACAGAUGACGGAGUCCACCCGCUGAUUUUGUUUGCAUUACAUCGCGUGCAACGAAAAAAACAGCAAUGUAAUUUAAAAAGUUUCAUGGUCUUGAUUUAAUAAUACCGGGUUAAUCAGCAGUGCGUCUGAGUUGUUGGAAAACGGUUCUCUUAUACCUAUAUACCUUAAAAUAUAAAUGAUAUAAAUAAAUGAUUGUAGGAGAUGUGUGCAUAUUUUACGAUUUAAAAAAAAUAUCUCUUAAUUUUGAUCUCUAGUUAUGGGCGGACGAUUUCCCCGUUUAUUUUUAAUGUUGCAUAGUGUUCGGAGCUAUGGACGCAUACAACCGCGUGUCCACUGUGUGACUGAGCUAAUCUUUACAGUUGAAUUUUUACUGGUGGUAGGACCUCUUGUGAGUCCACACGGGUAGGUACCACAGCCCUGCUUAUUUCUGCCGUGAAGCAGUAAUGUGUUUCGGUUUGAAGGGUGGGGCAACCGUUGUAACUAUACUGAGACCUUACAACUUAUAUCUCAAGGUGGGUGGCGCUUUUACGUUGUAGAUGUCUCCAGUAACCACUUAACACCAGGUGGGCUGUGAGUUCGUCCACCCAUCUAACCAAUAAAAAAAAUACAAAAAUGUGUUGAAAAUAGUUUAUUUUCAUAAAUUGUUUACGACUAAAAAUGUCUAUAUACAGUAUAUACAGUAUGUGUAUAUACAGUACCAGAAUUUAAUUCAUUUAUUUUCAUAUUAAUACGGUAUAAAAUAAAAAAUUAAAAACAAAAUAACUUUACAAAUGCCUGUAAAUACUUGAUGUUGAUAGAUAUUGAUGUUGCUAAUAAAUUAUUUUGUAGCCGUGAUAAGCACACAAGUAUACAUACAUACAUUUGUCAGGAUUGUUUGUAUAUAGCCUUAAUUUUAUAAGAAUUUUCUUAUAUAUUUUUACUUACUAUGUACAAGUAAUGCACCCGUAUUAAUUUAGCCUUAAAACAACCCGAAGCUGAACCUAGGAACAUCAAAGUCCAUCUUUUAAUAAUCGUGUUUGAAAUAUUGAUUUCACUGAUUGUUUACGAGAACAGUAUGACAACACGUUUAGAAAAUAAGUAGGCUGUAAGCUUCUAACAAUAAGGUUGCAUUUAAUAAAGAAAUUUUAUCAUUA